AUGGCUGCUGGAAACAUAAAUCCGUUAGAAUGUAGCAUCUGUUUAGAAAAUUUCCAGAAUCCCAGACUCAUCAGUUGUCAUCAUUCUUUCUGUUUUAAAUGUUUGGACGAUUUUAUCAGGAAUACAUCUAAAAAUAAUAAAUUCAACUGUCCAGUUUGUAGGAAAGAGGUUAAAGUUCCCCCUGGUGGAGUUGGUGAAUUUAGUGCAAAUUUUUACAUCAAUUCACAAAAUGAAUCAUAUGCUAAGAAAUCAAGGUCCAGAAAAACAAAAUUAGCUGCUGAAGAUUUACCUGGAAAUUCUAAAGAGGUCCAGAAAGAUUUUUGUGAAAAGCACCCAAAGAAAGAGGUUGAGUUCUUUUGUGUUUACUGCAAGGUUGUAGCUUGUUCCAAAUGCAGUGUCUCCACACAU